AGGAUUUCUGGAAAAUAUGCAUUCUACGAAUCGCUGCUGUGCUGCACCGCCGCAACACUGCUCGUGACUGCUCUGGUAUCGAAAGUCUCUUCCGUCUUCACCACCUUUUACGGGCAUCCAGCCUUAAUUCACUGGCACGUUGCCCGCUCGAAGCCGCAAAUAAUGGGGUUCACCACCUGGUUGAGAGCUCACCGAUGCUAACGGUAUCGGCAGGUCGGCAGCAGCUUCGGAGACCGUUCAAAUUUGCAUCCAAUUCGUCGAGAUUCGAGCUGGACUACAAGGCAAACUGGCAAGCUGCACAAAUCUAAGGUCAGCUCAACAUGAAGGACGUUUCAUUAGACAACACCCAGCCUCUAGUUAGCGACGACCUGAGAAGCCGCAAUGAGGUUGAUGUGGACGAGUUGGAAGCCUUGUAUGUGUCUACCGGUAUGGGUGAAACGACAGUGAAUGAAAACAUACCGGUAAGCCAAAAUGCCUCCAUCAAGGAGCCGGAUAGGAAGAUGGUAGCCAACGCAAACAAGUCGGAGCUUCGCGAGUCUGACAUCAAACGACGAGAGAAAGCGGUUUCUAUUGUUUUGACGGCGGAUGAUGUGAGUGUCAAUUCUCCCUCUUCGGUGCUCCGAGACUCUGAUGUCAAGCGAAGAGAGAAAGCGGUCUCUGUUGUUUUGACGGCAGACGAGAUUGGUUGUCCGGGUGGGCGGGUGAAGGAUCCGACCAAGGCUGUCAAUAGAGGUUCCAGAUUGGCACUUGAUUCCAAGCAGGACGAUUGGGAAAAGGCAGACACCCAAGCGAGGAGCAGCGGUGUGAAGAGUACACAAUCACCAAGCGCAGAGACAAUGUCGAAACGCAGAGCUGCAAGAGAUGAACAGGUAAUAGGUGAAUGCAACCUAGUCGGAGUGGAUAAAGCAAGUGAUCUGGAUAUGCUGAAGCUAGAAGAACAGCGAUCCCAAUUGCCAACGACACCAAGUAACGGCAAUACAACCUUUGCAGACGCCAAAGAAGAGAUGAGCGGGACAGUGGAACCCGUGACAUCUAUCGAUGUGGACGACCAGCCUGUAGAACGUGCUACUGCGGCGGCUGAGGCAAUCAGUCAAGCAAGCCGCCCAGGAGCUUAUUCAGGAGCUCCCGGAGUCCCCUUGGCUAGAAACGACAGUCUCAGGGUAUCACAGCUGGGAGUGGAGGAUCCCUGCCAAGUCUUGACAUUGUCCUACAGUCAAGGCUUGAACCAUUCAAACACCAUAGUGGACAAUGCAACAACAGAAGAUGUGGCAGGUCUGAUGGUGGCACAGCCAAUAGAAGAGAAUAGUAAGAGUGACUUGGCCAAUGCAGAACUUCUGGGUGAUUCAGACCAUAUUAGUCGAGAAUCGAUGAGGUUGGAGGCUGAGAAGCAAACAACUGCCAUCCUGGCAACCCUCAAAUGGGUUGCAUGCGGUGCUUUAGUGAUCACAGUCGUGGUUCUAUUGCUGGUUCUGGUCCUGAAGAAGAACGACGAUGAUGAUUCCAGUGGGAAUUCAAUGGAUUUGAACGCUAGCAAAACAAGUACCCCAUCUGCAUCCCCCACAAUCUCCUUGGAUGCUUACAUUCUGGACCUGCUUCCCGACUUUUCUAAAGAGGCUAUUCAAGAUGCCACUUCGCCUCAAUCAAUGGCAUUUCAAUGGCUUUUGAGCGAUCCAAAUCUCUUCAUGCCAACAGUCUAUUCAGAAUGGCGUAUUGGGCAAAGGUUUUCGCUAGCCACAAUUUACUAUGCCACAAAUGGCCACAAUUGGUUUGACAAUACUUUCUGGAUGAGUUAUGAUGAGCAUGAGUGUGACUGGCAUUCAAAGCAAGCACUUGAGUAUGUCUGUCUGAAGUGUGAGGACGCCGAAUUUCUCAAUUUCACCAACCCCUGUGGACCUGGCUUCAACUCAAGUGAUCCUAGUAUUGCAGAAGGCAGGUACCAGGAGCUCCGACUCAGCAACAAUGGCCUAAUUGGAAUUCUUCCUGAAGAGCUCUAUAUGCUAACUGAGCUUACACUGAUCCAAUUGCUGAACAACAACCUGGGUGGGACCAUAUCCUCACGUCUAGGAGAAAUGCUUGAUUUGGAGCGCUUUGAUUUGAGCUCCAAUGAGCUCUCUGGAAAUAUUCCAGCAGAAGUCGCACAGUUGACUUCAUUGGAUGAGUUUGCAGUUUUCCGGAAUUCCCUUACUGGUACACUCCCCAAGGAGCUUUUCCGUACAAACAUAUCAGCUCUCCUAAUGGAAGAGAAUGCCUUCUCGGGAAGCAUCCCAUCAGAGAUUGGGUUGAUGAGAAAUGCCGAACUCGUUUACCUGGACUAUACAAGCUUGACCGGGGCUGUUCCUUCUGAAAUUGGCCUCCUUACCGAGUUGAAAGAAUUGCAUUUGUAUGCCAACAUGAUAUCAAGUUCCAUCCCAACUGAAGUAGGGCUGAUGCACAGCCUCUAUGAUUUGGACUGGAGUGAAAAUGUGAUGGAUUCAACAAUCCCUACAGAAUUGGGUGAACUCUCUGUCAACCUUGAGAUUAUUUACCUGUACUACAAUUUUUUCACAGGAACAAUUCCCUCUGAAGCAGGGCACAUCUCCAUGCUGUGGUUGUUUGAUCUAGAGGGCAAUGAAAUGACAGGAACACUACCUACAGAGAUUGGAGAUUUGUCAGUAUUGGAAGAUUUGUACUUGCAGGAUAAUUACUUCACCGGUCAGAUCCCCAGUGAACUAGGCUUGGUUGAGGGUCUAUGGAAAUUAUUUCUGCAUGGCAACAUGCUGACUGGCACAAUGCCCUCUGAGCUGGGUUUGCUGUGGAAUGUAUCUGAGAUAUCUUUUCGCAGCAAUCAACUCUUUGGUCCAAUCCCAGGCGAAUUUGGAAAUAUGACGUUUACCAUUGAACUUGACCUUGGGAUGAACCAGCUGAAUUCAACAAUCCCAGCAGAGCUUGGCAACAUGCUUGAAUUGUCCAGAUUGAAGUUAGACUCAAAUUUUCUCACAGGAGAGGUGCCAUCUGAGCUUCCUUUGUUGCCCUGGCUGGAGGUUCUAUGGCUACAGGACAACGAUUUAUCUGGGAGUCUCCCUUUAAGCUUUGAGCUCCUGGCUUUCAAUCUAUCGGACUUCAAUAUCACCAACAAUGUCCUGUUGUCAGGAGUUGUCCCAGAGGAGCUUUGUUCCAUUGACUCCUUGUCCUUUGAUUGCACAAGCUUGCUUUGUGGGUGCGACUUGUGUGCUUGCAUGGACUUCAAUGGACCUAACACUACCAAUGCCAGCAGAUCCAACUGGACGUUCUCAUCCGUGCAGAACUCUGGUGGAAACGGGACCAAACAGCUGGGCCAACACCAUGGACAGUCUCCAUGAGACUCAACAUAGCAAUAACACCAAUCCUAAAGGCCGAGUAAAAUGGAUUUGAAUGAGUGCCAUGGCACCCUCUGGAUUGGCAGAUAUUUGGACUAGUUUCUUUCG